AAGCAUUUUCACUUUAGAGAAAAAGUAUGGACUCUCCACGAAUACCAUUCUAGGAUCUUCGCAACAUUCCGCGUCACAGCAAAAUUUGGAACAAACCACAAAAGAACCAACCACUUCAGCAUCCGGUAUGAGCUCUUCAAGCGGCAACGGGCUCUCAUCAUCCGGGAGCGGUCACGGCGCAAGUGCUGGAAGAGACUCUUGGGGAUCUGGUUCAGGAACCGGACGCAGUGGCGGGGGUGGUGAUCCCUGAAAUGCAGCGUCGGUUGGAGACAGUGACGGGAGCGCUUCAGUUGGCGGGAUGGACGCAUGAGGAGCUAUUAACGUCUUCUAGUUGUUUCGGGCCGAUGUGUCCGGGAAGCGGAGGCGGCAUCAACCCGAUGUUUCCGGUAGUCAGUGGAAGCGGUAAUGGCGGCUGCACGGGCCCGUUCUGUAUGGGCGCCGGAAAUGGCGGCAGUGGAGGAGCCAGAAGUGGCGGUGGGAUGAUGGGCGGAUCCAGGGGAGUGAGCGGUUACAACAACAAGUGCGUGGGACCGGAGUGCUCGGCAAAAGUGGGACAAAGAUUUAACUGA